AUGGCUGGCAUAGGCAUAGCAAAAACUCGGGUGCUUGACCGUGGCGUGGGGGGUGAAGGGGUUUGGGGGGGCGAGGGGGUUGCCCUUGCGAAGGUGACGCGACAAUUAGCGUCGCGCGGUCAUUCCUCCGCGGCCUGGCGCGGUGUCAACGAUUCCGUGGCGAUAACGCGACCGGACGCGCUCGCGACGCCAGGGCUGCCAACUUUGAUACGAAACAUUUCUAUGUGUCUA